UUUAAAGUGGACCAGCUCCAUGGAAUACUAAUUAGCCAGGCUUAGGGUAUUAGUCACAGUCCUGCAGAUAUGGACUUCCUUGUUCUAAGAAAUCUGUUUGAUGUCUGCAGCUGAGUCUUUUAUACCAAUACUUCAAAUUAACGUCAGUCAGAGGAAAUAGGCUGCAUAAAUGUUAGAGCCUGAAUAUAAUAGAUACCAUCAGGUCAGUUAUUUUCCGUAAAUUAUGAUUCAAAUGAGCGAAGAUGACAAUGAUGAUGAGAACGUGUGGAAUGCAUCGGCUGUUAUUCUGGACAUUGACUCAGGAUCAUGGGCAGACCGCUCACCCCUGCAUGAUGCUGCAAGUCAGGGACGCCUCCUGGCUCUGAGGACCCUCAUUUCACAGGGUCACAAUGUGAAUGUCCUGACCAUAGACCAUGUCACACCCCUUCAUGAGGCAUGUGUGGGAGACCAUGUUGCUUGUGCCAGAGCGCUCAUUGAUGCAGGGGCAAAUGUCAAUGCUUCUACAAUUGAUGGAGUCACCCCUCUGUUCAAUGCCUGCACUGUGGGCAGUACGUCUUGUACUGAAAUUCUUUUGGAAAAUGGAGCAAAACCCCAGAGCCUUGUAUACCAUCCAUCACCUAUCCAUGAAGCUACCAGCAAAGGUCAUUACGGCUGUGUGGAGGCUCUGGUGACUUGGGGGGCAGAUGUGGACAUGGACAUUCCUCACCUGGGCACAGCGCUGUAUAUGGCCUGUGUCUGCCAAGAGCUGGAGUGUGCCAGGACACUCCUGAGGGAAGGUGCAAAUGUACAGAAAGGCAAAUCCCUGGAUUCACCUCUACAUGCAGCUGCAGAAAAAGACUGCACAGCUGUUGUGAAGCUGCUGCUGGACUUUGGUGCAGAUAUUAAUGCCAGGAACACAGAGUUUCAGAGGCCAGUAGAUGUGGCUCCACCAAGCAGUAUAACAGAAGGCUUCUUAUUGCUCUAUGAAGCCACACCACGACUGCUGAGCCAACUUUGUCGUCAGUGCAUCAGAAGCUGCGUCGGCCGUGACAGACUUCACCUCCUCUCCCACCUUCCCCUGCCCACAAGGCUCAGGAGCUACUUGCAGUACCAGUGACAAACUGUCUUCCUAAAUGGGACUAACAGAGAGAAGACGUUGACACACAGAGCAAAUCAGCUCCAAAACCUUACCUUCCUUUAAUUCUAGCCACCAGUCAGUGCAGUGAAGCAAUCAAUUGAAAUUAGUCACAGAGAAGACACACUGGAUAGUUAGCAGAGACUGGUGGACCCAGAUGAAUUUGAAACAGGGGUUUGCAGGGUUGGCCUUCCCUUGAAUAAAUGAUGGUGAAAAAAGUCUGGUAAAUGAACUAGUACUGUUUGCUGUUUUUAGAAAAUGCCUUAGGUGCCUGGAAUACCACAGAGUGAUGCACUUUAAAACUUGAAACAAGGUAAUGUAAAUGCACAGUAUGUGAGUAUUAAUCAUUUUGCAUUUGAUAUACAUUGAUACACUGCACAAUACAUAUUGAUUAAAUUAUUUUUAAAAACUCAACAAUUUGUCAUCUGUUAAUUAGUAGGAGUUUAAAGCUUUUGAUUAGGAUAUUAUAAAUUAUAUGAUAAUUAAAAGGAUUGCUGGGCAUAGCAAUUGGAAAAUGUUAUUCCUGACAUAAAGUCCACAAAAAAAAAUUGACUUAGCUGAGUAGAAUGUGUUUUUUUUCUUUAGGACAAUAGCUCAUAUGCAUAUAAAAAUAGUUUAAAUAGGGUGAAUUCAGCUAACAUGGGCCAGUUUUUGGUAAAUUACCAUUAAAUAUGCCAUGCACUAAUGAUACUUUUAUAUAUGGGAACAGGCCUCUUGUGUAUUUAUGUGUUAAAAAAUAAGCAAAAAUAUAUAUUUUUUUAAUUUUUUUUUUUUCAGUUAUGUUGAGAUGCCCACUUUUGAGCGACACCACAGUGUUCAGGUAAAAUUUGCCAGUGGGGAUUUUAUAUGAAUUCUUUGUUAAUUUAACAGCAAAUUGAAACUAUUUUCUCUAAUAUGCUGUAGUAACAACACUGUUAGUGUGAAACAUUCAAUGUAUGAAGAAAUAUUUCAUCAAAAACAGAUUUUAAAGUAAGCUGAUCAUGUUGAACAUGUUUCUGCAUGUUGAUGUCUAUAUUUCAGUUGUAUGUGUUGAUAGUGCAUUUUCUUUAAAUUUCAACUCUUUUGAGAAAAAAGGAAAAUUGCCAAAGAUGACAAUUUUGUCACUAAUGCAACUUUAAAAAUAAGAUUUGAAAUGCUCCAAGUUUUUGCUAAAAAAUUAAACAUUUGGUGUUUGUCCUCUUUUAUCAUCUCAGGGCAUUUAUUGAUAUUACCCCUCACCUUGUCGCUCCUGUUGUGGUUGUAUUUUAAUCGUCUUUCCUCUUCCUUUUGUUUGUCUUUUUUUUCCCCCUCAUGUUCCCAAUGGUGUCUGUUCUUGUGCUCUACUGUCUGCUAAACAUUGAAGGAUUAUUAGAGUUUUGCAAUACCACAUAUUUAGACAUACAGAAUUGUUCUUCACUCUAAAUUUCUUUUUAAAACCCACGUAAAAGAGUGUGUUUAUGUGGCCCACUUGAC